ACAAGUGCAGCGGAAGUAGCAAAUGUAGUCGUACAACAAGAAAAAUUGACAAAAAAUAUGUGACAGAGAAAGUACACAUUUUCAAAGACACUGAUAAAAAAAAUAUUCAGAAUGGGAUGCCGCAGUGAAAGUGGGGUUAGAUGCUUGAGAAUUUUCGUCAUAACCGAUGCUAUAUUGAUAUGGUUGAUUGGUGGAGCAAUAUUUGGUUUUUCUCUCUGGCUGUUGGUGGAUUUCUUUGUGAACGAGUACCAGGCUGCAUCAGACGACCUUAAACAGUCCAAGUAUGUCAUCUACGUGUUUGUUGCAGCAGGGGGAUUCAUGGUGGUCUACAGCCUCAUCGGAAUCAUCGGAGCCAUUAAACCAAAUUGGAAGUGUCUCCUCAUCAUUUAUCUGAUUUGUCUGGUCCUUUCGAUGCUGGUUCUCAUUGGAGGGACUGUGUGGUGUUAUGUUUACAGAUAUGAGAUUGAGAUAAAGCUGAAGAAUACCUUUGUGACGAUUGUUCCCAAUAACUAUGGAAAGAACACUGUGGUGACUCGGGCCCUUGACUUUAUGCAGAGUGAGCUUGAAUGUUGUGGUGGACAAGGCUACACAGAUUACAAGGGGUCUGACUGGAGUAACAACCUGCAGAUUGGUGGCAACAUAGGCUAUACCCAGGACAAUUACGCUCCUCUCAGCUGCUGCACUUACUACGACAGAAACAAAGAAACACAGGACACCUCUUAUCAGGCCUGUCCCAUCUGUCUGGAUCAACUGUCUGGUCAAAAUCCACUCAUCUGUAGUAGUGUCAACCCUCAAAUAUGGAAAACACCUUGCAAUGAAGCAGUUGUCAAGUUCUUCAAGGACAACUUAGGGAUUGCUGCAGGAGUGGCCAUAGGUGUAUUAGCUUGUCAGUUGUUUGGUGUUAUUUUGGCUUCUGUGUUGCUUCACCUCUACAACAGCAGAUACACACCAUAUGAUGCAAAUAACGAUGAUGUCGUGUACGAAAUGGCCAGAUGUCAAGAGAAAUCCCCAUAUCCCACACGAGGGGCAGGACCCUAUGCUAAUCUGUACAAUAACUAAAUAUAGAAUGCUGCUGUCAUAUCAUUAGAACCAGCCAUCAUCUCAUAAAAAUCAUCAGCCUCAAACCAGAACAUCACUUACAUGUAAAGAGAAACCAGUGACCACACCAUCUUCACUCCGGCUUCCAUCAAACAUUGCUGCAUUGGCUUUAAAGCUAGCAUUCCUGGAUGUGAGAUUUCAUUUGAACACAUUUAGAAUAGUAUUUAGAUCAGCUUUUACAGGUAUUGAGUCUUUUAUAGACUCCUAUUGACAAACCUCCACAUUUUUACAUGGGGGAAUUUAAGGGUUGUAGAUCUAAGGGUUGUACUUCAUCAUUUGUCUAAAUAUAUUGUUAAUAAAUAUUUUUCCUCUCGACCAUUGCAGGUACAUGUAUUGGUUUCUUGAUGAAAACUUUAUUUAACUGUAUAUUUUGUACAAUAUCUACUUCAUACUUUUUACUUAGGCUAUGAAAGGUUUGAUAAGCUAGUGUGUACAUGUUAGGUAAAAUAGAAAGGUCCUCAUUAAAAAUGUGGGGGUUUUUUAUGCUCUACUGUUUGUGACUUUUGAAACUUUUAAAAAUGGAAAAAUUCAUUUUUUAGUACAUGUAUAUGUAUGUUGAAUAUGACUCAUUGAUGAGUAUAACUUGUUGAGUCUCAUGCAUGAGUGUUACUUUGUAUUUUUAUGUUUUUCAUGAAUCUUUCUGUUGAGAAGGGAUGUGCAAUAAUUGUUGUUUCAGUGAUACAACAAAAAUGUAUAUGUAUUUAUGCUCAAUAGGUACAAUGUAACCUAUUGGUAGGCACUCCUAGGUACAAUAUAGAAUUAAAAUGAACAUUGUACAUGUACUUGUGCUCAAGACAUACAUGUAUUUAACAUUUCUACAAAAUCUUUUCACAUCUGUAUAACAUACUACAUAAAUGUAUAGGAUGGGAUAAAUGAUCAUAUAUCAUUAACUGAAUGAAAAUAUUACAUAUGUAUAUAGGUUCCUAUGUCUUGGAAAAAAAGCCUUGUCUUUUUUGUUUACGUGUAUUCGUGUGUGGUUCUAAAGCUGAACAUUUUAGAUCUGAGCAGAGGUGGAAUGUUUUAGUUAAAUAAUAUUAGAUAUUUAAUUCAUAUGAGGGACAAGAAAUGUACAAAUUGCAUUGGUAGAUUAAUGAUGACAGACUCUCAUUUGUUGUAAAUUUUCUAAUAUUGCAUGUUGUCUGAGAGAUGUAAAAAUAUUGUUCAUCUUAUGGAGAUCAUAGAUUAUGCCCCGUAGAAUUAGAUUCUAUUUUUCACUUGUAACAUACCGGUAGUUAUUGUGCAGUUCAUCUUUAUAUUUGUACUUGCUUUUGAUUGUAUUUUCCAUUUUGUUGUCAUACUAGUGAUCAUAUCAUAGUCAACAGCCGAUACAGCUUCAGCAUUCAGAAAAUUUAAAACCUGAUUUCAACGACUUUUAAUCUUUCCGACAAUUUGGGAAUAAAGUGGAUAAUUUUUCUUUUAUUUGUAGAAUUAAUAUGUUGUAGUGUAUUUAUAAUAAACAUUUAUGUAGUUAACUAGGAUUUGAUUUCUACAAAAGCCAUGUAUUAUUGUGAUAUCUUUUCUGUUCUAUUUAAAAGAAUUAAAGUAAACA